UCGUUGCUGUCCUCCCCCCCGUGGACGUCGUCUAUCAUACCGUCUCCCUCCCUCUAAUUCUGUUGGGCUUUGUGGGUGCUGGGUAUCCCCAUCUUCGACACUACUGACCUCAGCCGUUCCUUGUGGUGAGUCUUGCCCCUGUUGCCUCGUUUUCAGGAUCCCAUGGCAGUCAACGAACAGCCUUCCCAAAGGGGUUACGAAAGCAUUUUGCUUGCCGCUGUUUGUGCGAGAAAAAAAUUUUCUGCCAUGAUGUUCUGAUGAGUUCUGAUGGCACAAAGGUCCGCGAUGUGUCACAAUCGGAUGUUGGCAGGGAUCAGUCCCUUCUAUAUAUCACCCGUCACAAGUUCUUCCCUUUGCUGACUAGCAGAUUCACACCUUUUAGUGGAAUUGAUCUGAACAACCUUUCCUAAUUUCGUGGCAUUCUUCCCGUCCAAUGGCCAGCUCAAAUCCACCAAUCGCUAACCCACCAGAGGUCUCGCGAAAAUCCGUAGCAAACAGGAGGAGUAAUUUUCAACCGAUGCCACCAGCGCCUGCACAACCACCGACCAAGCCGGAUCCCUUCUACGGCCAGGAGGAAAUAUCUCGACUAUGUGCCCGAUUCAUCACCCAUCUCUUUGCCUGCCCGGAGAAUCCACCCGCGGCCAGUCAAUCGCAAGCCAAACUACCAUACUUCAUCGCGUACGCUUUCCAUCGGACGAAACUACAUCCUUCUGUCACCUUUGCGGCGCUUAUCCUUCUGCAGCGGCUCAAAGCUCGCUUUCCCACUGCUCGUGGCUCUUCUGGGCACCGACUAUUUCUAUCUGCCUUCAUGAUUGCGUCCAAAAUCAUUUGCGACGACACCUACUCGAAUAAAUCUUGGACGAUUGUAGGGCAGGGCAUGUUCAACCUCCGGGAGAUCAAUCAAAUGGAGAGAGAAAUGUGUCUUAUGGUGAGGAGGGAUUUCAAGGCAGCAGAGGGACCAUAUCCGAUGUAUUCCCUGCAAAUGGUGUCGAAACGUGCAGUCCGAGCCGCCGCGUCUACGUCCGCAACCCCCCUUCCAGAGCCACAUCCUGGAACCAGCCCUAUUCCCAUGUUUGGCCACCACGGUCGCCACCCAUCACCGUCUGCUUCCGAGUCGUCGCCCAAAAGGCGGAAACGCAGCAAGCAGUAUGUGGAUUCUCCGCCAGAGACACCUUCGCCGUCUUAUUCUGCCUCGACGUCGCCUGCCUCAUCGGCUUCACCAGCUACACCUGUCGGUCCCAACGACUUUACUGCCAAGAUACGGGGGAUCGAUUCACCGCUUGGAUUCUCAAUAUCACGUCACAGGCAAAAAGAUCGGACACUGUCACAUCCAUUAAAAACGCGCAUGUUCUCUCUCGCCAGUACAACGUUGUGGUAGCAUUUAUCUUAUUUUCUGUUUUCAUUCAUUGCUUUGAUCUCGUUUAUUUCCAUUCAUUGCAUCAACUUUCCUCUGAUCUCUCUCUCUGCAUACAUCUUGUCUUCCUGGUUCAAUUAACCUUGUACGUGCAUGGACUACAUCUAUACCUCCGACCAUCAUACCUUCACGCAACAUACUUGCCCAAAGAGAGAUCGAUUAUCUUAUUUGUUCGCAUUGUAUCACUAACACAGGAUUUCAUUUGCUUCUCGGCGUCAUUUGCACUUGUUAUGGUUGUCACAUUAGUCUAUCUACUUAUAAAUCCAUCUACAUGCAUAUGUAUGUUGCGAGCAAUACAUGUACAUGAGUUCCAGGGAAAUGUGUUCAUGCUCAUUU